GGUAUUCCCAAACUUCAACUUCCUCUUCUUCUUCCUUGCUAAUUUUCACGAUUUCAAUGGCGAUGACCGGUUUGAUUCUUGUCUCUCUGAUCAUCAUGUUGAGAACUUCCUGGCUUGGGUCCUGUUCGUUUUGGAAACGAGACCUCCUUGAGCCUGCGCUCGAAUCCGAUGUUGAGGAUGAGCCCGAGGCUGAGCUUGAGGCUGAGCCUGAGGCUGGACCGGAAGUUGAGCCUGGGGCUGAGCCUGAGGCUGGGCCUGUGGCUGAGCCUGAGGCUGGGCCUGUGGCUGAGCCUGAGGUUGGGCCUGUGGCUGAGCCAGGAGUAGUGCUUGUGUCAAUGGGGCUGGUUGACCCUGGGGUUGGGACCUGGGUAUUUACAGAUGCCGUAGCUGCCGCCAAGGCUCAGCAGGAGGCAGCAGAGGCAGAACGUCAGCGGCUGGCCAAUGAAGUGGCAGCCCAAGCUCAGCAGACUGCUGAGGCUGACGCAGUGGCACGAGACCGACGGAAUGCCGCCAGCACGGAGUCCUUGAUUGCAUGUGAAAAUCAGUGGACAACACUGCUUCAAGGCAUGUUCUUUGUGCCUACGGAAACGCAGGCGGAGCCCACACAGGAGGAGGCAGAGAGAAGUAACCUGGCUACCGUGAUGUUGAACGUGAUGAGGGGAGUAAUGUGGAACAACAAACUGCUGCAGGCACACCUGCACGCGGAACGACAGCAACGACAGCAGUACCAGCAAGACCUGGCCGCUGUAACGGCUGUCGUCCGCGACGCAGCAACGCAGCAGCAGCAACAGCAACAGCUGUUGAACUCUACCCUCGCACACAUCAACGGCAUUGAGGCCAAGGCCUCAGCAGCGCCAGGCUGCACGACAGACGAGACGAGGCAGCUCAAUGGGCACAUCAAUCACGUCGUCAAACUCAUUGGCGACAUAGGUGUUUUCAAUGGACCGGACACGAUCAGUAGUACGGUGGCCCCCAUCAAGACGUACAUCACCAAGCUGCAGACGAGACCGGACGCCGCUACGAAGACUUACAAGAUGUCGCACUUCGACAUCAGCAAGUUCGAUGACUUCAACAAGUCGGACGCCUUGACAUGGUGGCAACGUUUCCUCAUGGAAGCAUCAUGCCGCACUGUCCCGGCGGACGACAUGAUGAAGGCGCUUUACUUGCAACUGAUUGGAGGAGCGCAGGCUUGGAUGAACCAUCUGGCAGCUACCAACAACUACACCAUCGCCGAACUCCACACGCACAUCACGUGGAAGGCGUUCGAGAAGCUAUGGUUCACCCGGUUCAUGGUCCCCAACGUCAUGAAGGCGGCCAUGAACAAGGUGUACACCUGCUCUCAAGGUCUUGGCCCGCGCGUUCGAAGGAAGACGCAACCCACGCAAGUUACACUCACAGACGGCCGCACGCAAAAGUCAAUUGACCGAUGCGUCGACGGCGUCCCGGUAUACUUUGCGCCUCUUGUGUGCGAGCCGGUGUCUUUUGACAUCCUCGACACCGAGUUCGACAUGAUUCUAGGCAUGUCUUGGUUGCAUAGCGCCGAUCAUCCGGUGAACUUCCACGACCGGACCGUUCACAUCCGUGAUCGGAACAGAGUGUUAGUCCCAUGUACGGUCGCGACCCCUCACACUUCGAUUGCUUGUCACGUGGUUUCCGUUGCGAGAAUUCUCGACGCCAUAACUCGGAAUGAGGUCGAGGAGAUGGGCGUUGUAUUUUUGCAUGCUCUCCCCUCGCCGGACGGACCAGCCGCGUCACCGCCGGACCCACGCAUCACGCACCUCUUGGACGAGUAUGGAGACGUCUUUGAGGCUCCCACCAGAACGGUUCCGGAUCGGCCCAUACGUCACGGGAUCACUCUCGAGGCGGGCGCCGUCCCUCCGCGUGGAUGUAUCUACCACAUGAGCGAAGAGGAACUCGAGGUGCUUCGUGCACAACUCGAUGACCUUCUCGACAAGGGCUGGAUUCGCCCUAGUUACCACCAGAUUGAAAUCCAGCCUCAAGAUCGGUACAAGACCGCGUUCAAGACGCGGUACGGGCAUUUUGAGUGGGUGGUCAUGCCUUUUGGCCUCACCAAUGCCCCCGCAACUUUUCAAGCAACUAUGACGAUGGAGUUUCGCGACUUGCUCGAUCGCAGCGUCCUCAUCUACCUCGAUGACAUCUUGGUCUAUAGCAGGACGGUGGACGAGCACAUCACACACCUUCGCGCCGUUUUGAAUCGCUUGCGACUGGCCAAGUACAAAGCAAACCGCGACAAGUGCGAGUUCGCCAAGCAAGAGCUUGAGUAUUUGGGCCACUACGUUACGCCGAAAGGCAUUCGUCCCUUAGCGGACAAGAUCCAAGCCAUCGUGGAUUGGCCGGAACCCCGUUGUACGACGGACGUACGCUCUUUCAUGGGAUUGGCUGGAUAUUAUCAGCGAUUCGUCGAGUCAUACUCGAAAGUGGCAGCGCCUUUGUCGAGACUUCAGCCCCCGAAGGUGCCCUUCGAGUUCGAUGACGCAGCCCGUGACGCGUUCACUACGUUGAAGGCAGCGAUGCAAGAUGCACCUGCCCUCCGUAUAUAUGACCCCACCCUUCCCACCCAAGUGACUACGGACGCUUCGGGAUACGGCAUUGGGGCGGUGUUGGAACAAUGCCACGAGGACGGUUGGCAUCCGGUCGAGUAUUUCUCCCAUAAGGUGCCUCUCGUAAACACUCUCGACGAUGCUAGGAAGAAAGAGUUACUCGCAUUCGUCACCGUUCUCAAACGGUGGCGCCACUUUCUUCUCGACCGUCGGCGUUUUAAAUGGAAUACGGACAACAAUCCGUUGACCUUUUACAAAAUGUAGGACACUGUCACGAGCACCAUCGGUCGAUGGAUGUAUUACAUCGACCAAUUCGAUUUUGACCCGUGCCACAUUCCCGGUCCCGCCAAUCGAGCUGCAAACGCC